AUGUCGUCCCUUACCAGCCUCCCUCCGGAGGCUCGUUCAAUGGUCUAUGACCUUCUGGCACCAUGGUCGAAACCCCAGCAACAUCGCAUACUCUACUAUGGUCACAACCCUCUACGAGCUCGUAACCUCCCACCUCCUACUCGCUCUAUCCAGAGAUCCGGCUUAGACCCACAAGACCGCAUCAUCUUCCGUUCCCGCAGCAAUUUCCACGGAAGCGCAGUGAAAAGAGCAAAGAGAGCCAUCCAUCUCGCCAACAUCGAAGGCCUUCUCGCCCUCGCCGGUGCAUGUCGCCUACUACGUUCAGAGAUCCUGUCCCUCGCCUGGUCGAAUGCCGAUAUCUACGUCAAGGCCUCUCCUAUCUACAAGGAACUGACCUGCAUUUUCGACAACCGACUUUCCGCCGAGUGUUGCAACUUUAUCCGCACACUUCGUAUCGAGAUCAAAGACACACAGUGGCCGCCCUCAGAGAUGAAGAAAAUGGGCCAACUUAUCACCCGCCGUCUACCUCAGCUUCAGACCAUGUUCGUGGUCAUUCGCUCUGACGGCUUUCGGACAAGUUCGGACCCCCCUCAAAAAGGCUUGUUGGCUCUCGCGAGUGUGCCUCUGAAUGUCACCAUCAAGAUUUUGACCUACAUGCCUGGCGAUAUCGAUCUGAUGAUGCGAAACAAUGGCCAAUUUUCUGAUCAGCAACUCAGGGAUCAUAGAAAGAAGCAGGAUGGAAAACAUGAAGCGAAUUUGCUUGCGACUCGUUCGAAGGGGCAGCAGCGCAGGGUCAUGCAGGAGCAUGUCAAGCAGCAAGAUGUGGUUGGAGAUCUUCUGGAGGAUACGGUGGAGAUGCGUAGUCUCAUGUUCAGCUAGACUGGUUUGACACUGCUGUCAAAAUACACGAUAAUUUUCGAAAGUAGAGUUAGGCCCAAGGAGAGGGCGUUACAUAGUCGCUCUCUGUAGACGGCGUGCUCUCGUGCAUUUUGAUGGGUGGAGCAUGCGCAUCGCUGCGAUUUCAGGGCUGAGGUGACAAAGUUUAGCACACGGAGAGGCUGGG